AGUAUCAUGUCGGCGAAAGCGGCUGCUCAUGAAGAGGCCACUCCCAAGACGGAGACCGCUUCGCUCCUGGAAGGCUUCGCAAACGUGGACACGCGGGACUUAAUCCAGCAGAACGUCUACGUCAUCCUGGGACACGGGCGGUACCAGCGGAUCGUCCUGGUCAGCACCUACGUCGCUGUCACUGUGGUGCUGCUGCAGUCGUUCGCCUAUUACCUCAUCGGCCGUCCCGUAGACCACUGGUGCCAGCCGCCCGACGACCUGCGUUACCUCGGUGUCCAGGGCUGGAAGAACGUCGCAAUACCCGUGCUGGCCGACGGCAGCUUCAGCAAGUGCACCGUGUACGAGCCUCCUCUACCGGGAGAAGACCAGGACGAGCGUAGCGUAGUACCGUGCAAUCGGUGGGACUACGACACCGAGAACGACGGCGAAAGUAUCGUCAGCAUGUGGAACUUGGUGUGCACUCGCGACUGGCUCUACUCCGUUUCGAAAUCCACGUCCGGACUGGCCCCCAUGCUAUUCGUUCCCAUCGCUGGAAUCGCAGCAGACCGCGUGGGUCGCAGACCAGUCUUGUCGACGUGCGCCAUCUCCACAUUGCUCGGCAGCCUGGUGGCCGCGUCGUCCCCCUCCGCGGGAAUGUUCAUCCUGUCGCGCCUUGUCACUGCUGCCAUGGCAAGCGCAACUAUGCUGAUGGUUGCAACUAUGCUCUACGAAGUUACUGGAAGUCAGCACCGAGCUCCCUAUAUCCUAACAGCCAGCGGCAUCGGCGUUAUUUUGACCCCUCCGCUGGUGCAGCUUCUUUCGACGCUCAAGCCAAGGUGGGUGCUCUCACAAGCGCUCUUCGUCACUGUCACGGCGAUAAUGGUCUCUUGGUGCUAUUACCUUGACGAGUCCCCCGUAUGGCAGAUUGCCGCGUGGAGGCUACGGGCAGCUGAAUUCACCGUACUCCGAGCAGCCCGGGUGAACAGGAUUGAAGCUCGCAAGGCCACAGCCACAUUUCAGGCGUUGAAACAGCAGCUCCUGAAGCGAGAGGCCAACGCCGCGUCGGUGACUGCUGGUACCACGAGCACAGUCCGUUCGGCUUCCCUUCAGCGGCGCGCAUUUUCUGCACUCGUGACGUGGUUCAGCGUGAGCUUUGCAAUUUAUGCCUCAGCCUUGGGUGCCCCGCUCGAAGAACUGUGGGCUCUCGCAUCCUUUCUAUGCAAUGGGCUCAUUCUCAUCCUAACCUUAUGUGGCCUGAAGCAGCGAGGCCACCGCGUGACUCUGUCAGGCAUACUAGCUUUCCUCGGCGCCUCAAGCGUGCUGCAAAUGGUCCUCUCGCAUUGGCCCUGGGCCGCCACACUUCCUCUGCCGAGGAUAAUGAUGUACAGCGCGUCGGGGAUUGCCAUGUGUCUAAACUACGCCUACACCGCGGAGGUGUACCCUACGACGAUGCGAUGCGUGGGACUUUGCCUAUCGUACUCCUUCGGCCGGCUUGGCGUGCUUCUGGCUGUAGGCCUCGUAGCAUCCUUGCACGAAGAACAGCUUUUGGUCAUUGGGGCCAUCACUACAUCGUUGGCAUUUGCGAGCGCAAUAGCCGUCCAGUGUCUUCCCGAAGUAUAUGUCGAGAAGAAGCCCGCCGAAGUCCGCCCAGUUAUGAGCGAAGAGCAGCGCAAGGAAGCACUUAAAGCAUCUUUGACAUCCACCACGGAGUCGCAGAAGUCCCUGAAGCCACACAAACCGGGCAAGCAUCAUGGCCGACGGAAGAGGAAAGCACGCUCAAGACGCGGUACCGCAACAGAAAUUUCAACGGCAGCAUCGGCAGGGGCAACAUCGCCAGCGGCAGCCUGUUCCCAAGAGGAAAGUGUUGGCCCUCCUGAGCUAGCCUCAAAGAUGACGGUGUGCAAAACGCCAUCGCAAUAACUCAAGAUCAUCGAAUAUAUGCUGGCUUAUUAAGAAGCAGAUAACUUCGAUUUUUUUUUUAUUUCGUGUACUACAAGCUUCUACUAUAUUUAGCUAAAUUAAUUUUGCGGUGAAGGGUUAUUAGUGAAUUCGGAUACCUUCUGCUGCAUUAUUUUUGUGGGCGCAAGCUCUUCACCUUUCCUUUCUUGUUCUCAGUGCGUGGGAAUUAUAUACCAGUGGCUGCUUAAGGCAGAUUUGCUGGCGCAGCUAAUCUUUAAAUCACUAUUAUAGCGUCUCGCACAUUCAAAAGGCGCAUUCCUCAGUAAUAUUAGCAUAAAUAGUGCAAGAUAGCAGAGCCGUGCUUCUGUGAAACUUCCCACACUUUUAGAAAAAAUGUUGUAUCGGGUGCAGUU